AGGUACAGGAUAGAAGGAGGCCUGUCAUUGGAGGAGAAGGAAGGAUGGGCAGGAGAGAAGUUUGAAGGAAGAGGAGACUGGGACGGAAAGGAAAAAAGGAGACAGGAGAGAGAGAGGAGAAGGUGAAAAGCCAUGGCAGAGCUAGGAGCGCAGCUGUUAGCCGCCACACCCUGAGGUUAACGCCGAGCAUCCGAACUCCCGGUCAGCAUACUUGUUCAACGAGCACUUUACCGAAUGAGUUACCUGUGCAGGCCAUCAUAUAAACCCGGGCUUUUUUACAGGAAGAAUUAUUUGGAAUUUAAGGAAGCAAAACAAAAAUAAAUAAAAUUUCAAAGCUUCCUCUACAGUGACUCUCCCACGACCCCACCCCCAAAAAAGGUGGGCCAGCAGAUGUGUGAGGAGCGGCUGGAGCACGAGAGAAGCUGAGGGUUCCUGUAGUAGAGGUGUGGGUGGUCUUUCAGAAAACAUGGACUGAGAAUUUGCGGGAGUCCCAAAUCAGGCAAAGGGGCGCCAGCAGGGAGCGCUCUCAACCGCGGCUCUCGCCUUGUCCCGGGCCAUCGCGGAGCGGGUCCUGGAAGCGUAGCAGGCUGUCCAGGGAGGCAGGACGCUCGCAGCUAGACCAGCCUCCUGUCCUUUGAACGUCCCCUCCCCUAGCAGAGUUCAACCCAGCUUCCGGAUCUGAACUAUGCAGAAAGCGGGACUGCUGUUAAGAGGCUGGACUCGAGCGUGGAAGUCGGUGAGGAUGGCCAGUUCCGGGCUGACUCGCCAGAACCCACUCGCGAAUAAGGUGGCCCUGGUCACAGCCUCCACCGACGGGAUUGGCCUUGCCAUCGCCCGGCGUCUGGCUGAGGACGGGGCCCACGUGGUCAUCAGCAGCCGCAAACAGCAGAAUGUGGACCGUGCAGUGGCCACACUCCAGGGAGAGGGACUGAGUGUUACUGGCGUCGUGUGCCAUGUGGGGAAGGCAGAGGAUCGAGAAAAGCUGGUAAACAUGGCUCUGAAGCUUCACCAAGGGAUUGAUAUCCUGGUCUCCAAUGCUGCUGUCAACCCUUUCUUUGGAAAUCUAAUGGACGUCACAGAGGAGGUGUGGAACAAGGUUUUGAGCAUUAAUGUGACAGCUUCAGCAAUGAUGAUUAAGGCGGUGGUGCCAGCGAUGGAAAAACGAGGAGGCGGCUCGGUGGUGAUUGUGAGUUCCGUAGCAGGCUUCGUUCUAUUCCCUUCUCUGGGCCCUUACAAUGUUAGCAAAACAGCUUUGCUGGGUCUCACUAAGAACUUUGCCGCAGAGUUGGCCCCAAAGAACAUUCGAGUGAACUGCUUGGCACCUGGACUCAUCAAGACUCACUUCAGCAGUGUGUUGUGGAAGGAGAAAGCAAGAGAAGAAAUGAUAAAAGAAACCAUGCAAAUUAGAAGGCUAGGCAAGCCAGAGGAUUGUGUCGGUAUAGUUUCCUUCUUGUGCUCUGAAGAUGCCAGUUACAUCAAUGGCGAGACAGUAGUGGUUGGGGGAGGAACCCCUUCUCGCCUCUGAGGACCUAGAGACAGCCUACCAGGGCAAGUGUGUGGGGAGGGUGCACUCCACCUUGUCUCUGUCGCCCUUCCUUGCCACCGCCAACAUCUUGUUCACCUCACAAAAUCAGCUCUGCCCAGUGUUAAGUUCCUGCUUUCCGUGUGGUCAAAGUGUGGUCAGAUGAGCAUCCUCGCUGUUGCUAUGGCCCUGAAAAGGGCUUUGGGGAGGGGGCGGGGAGCUAGGGGAUAGGUAGUGGAAACGGGGCUUGCUGAGAAGACUGUGGCUACUUUAGUGAAGAUCAAAUCCCUCUCAUUCUCGUCUCUGGAGACUUUAAAGGGAGAUAGAAGGAACGGACCUGAACAGAGAUGGAAAUUAACAAUUUACAAAUACGGUACAAAUAAAAUGAAGAUGAUCGCGUU